AGUAAGGUAUUUUCUACAAAAUUACCAACCCCCACAAAAGUCACGUGUGCCGCACUUGACCGCAAACCAGAGAUAACCGGGAGGCUGACCGGUUCAGAUGGCCUGUGUGAUAAAUAUGCACCCGCAACACAAGUUCUAUGACCGGUUUUUUCGGUUUGCAAGUACCGUGACUAAUGCGUACCCGCAUAGCAAGUUCUUUGACCUAACCGCCAGUAGAACUGGUAAAAUGAUAAACUUGUUUCAAAGCCAGCGUGACAACAGAGUCCAAUCAGCUGGCACUUUUAAGCUUAUAUUUUUUCUUUUUUUCCUAGAAAUAUCCAGAACUUCAUUUGAUCUUUUACUCAGUUAAGGUGGGUGUCCAUACUUGCUGUCAUUUUUUUCCUUAGACAUGCAGGAAAACUGCAUGCCAUAUAUUAAGGUAGAUGAAAAAAGGUACAGAGAAAGAGAAAAUGCAAUGGCGGCAACGGGCCAAAAUGUCUAAACAACUACCCAGGGAUCCACAUUCAGAUUUGAUAAGGUCAAGAAGCUUUGUCAUUCUAGAUAGAUUAAUUAAGAAGACUAAGAGGGCAUCAGGACUAAUCGGUCAGUAGUAUAACAGCAAAGUUGUCGGACAAAGAGAAAACCAAAACGCUACUUGCACUUUCUGACUUUGACAACAAGGAUAUUAUUAUCUACUCCUGACUUCUCUCGUUUCUAGCACACAUACUGAUGGUAGGAGCUGCAUACCAGUGCGAGGCAACAGCGCAGGCAGAAGAAAAGGCUUCUCAUCAGAAACUAGUAGCAGCAAAUCAAAAGUGUCUUCGAUGUUACAUGUUCUUAUGUUGCUUCUCUUGCCAUAUGUAUUUCAAUCGGCUUCAGUGAGAGCACUCAACAAUAGGACUGAUGUGGAUUCCUUGUUGGCGUUCAAGGCAAGCAUAAGCAACCGGCACAGUAUCCUAGCUGCAUGGAACGCCAGUACUAGUUUCUGCCAGUGGCCAGGCGUCAGUUGCAGCCUUAAGCACACGCAAAGGGUCACCGUGCUUAACCUCUCUUCGGAGGGCCUUGGUGGCACAAUUGGACCUUCCAUUGGGAACCUCUCCUUCUUGAGAAUUCUAGACCUCAGGUGGAACAAUUUGGAAGGUGAAAUACCUUCAACAAUUGGUCAUCUGUCCCGCCUACGACAUCUUGAUUUGUCCAACAACUCGCUUCAUGGUAAUGUAAACAUUGAACUGAAGAAUUGCACCAGCCUAGAAAGAAUCAGCAUUGGCGCAAACCAUUUGACUGGAGAAAUCCCUACUUGGCUUGGAGACUUGUCAAGCCUCAAGGUCAUAGAUAUGAGCAAAAACAACUUCACUGGAAUAAUCCCGUCAUCACUUACCAAUCUCUCAGCAUUGCAAUUUAUCUAUUUGUAUAGAAACCAACUCGAGGGCCCCAUCCCUGAGGGCCUAGGCAGGCUCAGUAGCCUUGUCGUGAUAGACCUGGGGCAAAAUCGCCUCUCAGGCACCAUCCCAAUAGCUCUUUUGAACAUUUCCUCUCUAAAAGGCUUGGGCGUGGCACUAAAUGAUUUGGGCGGUAAACUACCCUCAGACUUUGGGGAUAACCUCCCAAAUCUUGAGAAACUACUCCUCGGUGGUAACCACUUUACCGGGAACCUUCCAGCUUCUCUUGGCAACUCAACUGAGAUAUUUCAACUAGAUGUCUCCUACAAUAACUUCACUGGAAGAUUGCCUCCAGAUAUUGGAAUGCUCUGCCCAGACUUCCUCAAUCUUGCAAACAAUCACUUCAUGGCAACCACAAUGCAGGGAUGGGAGUUUAUGACAUUGUUGACAAACUGCACACACCUCCGAGUAUUUAACCUCCAAUUCAACAGGCUAGGUGGCGUGCUGCCUAGCUCAGUUGCCAACCUAUCUGCGCAACUACAAGCGCUAUAUGUUGGAGGCAAUGAGAUUUCUGGAAAGAUACCAUUUGGUAUAGGCAAUCUUGUUGGGCUAAAUCAAUUGCAGCUAGCCGGUAACCAAUUUACUGGUGCCUUGCCUGACACCAUGGGAAGGCUAAAUAAACUACAAUUCCUGCAGUUGCAGAAGAACCUACUGACGGGGUUCAUGCCAUCCUCUCUUGGGAACUUGACGCGACUACUAAGGUUGAACACAGAUCAAAACGCAUUUGAGGGCCAUCUUCCAGCAAGUCUCGGGAGCCUAAGAGAGAUAAUCAUAGCAACAUUUUCGAACAAUAAGCUCACAGGUCCAUUGCCUAAAGAGAUCUUUAACCUAUCGUCCCUGUCAGUCGUCCUAGAUUUGUCAAGCAAUUACUUUGUAGGUCCCCUUCCACCUGAAGUAGGUGGCUUGACCAAUCUUGCACGCCUAUACUUAUCGCAGAACAACUUGUCAGGGCCCCUCCCUAAUGCACUCAGCAACUGCAAAAGCUUGACAGAACUCAGGCUGGACGACAACUCCUUUGAUAGUAGCAUUCCCUCAUCUAUCAGCAACAUGCGAGGCCUGAUGUUGCUAAAUCUUACAAAGAACACACUUUCAGGUUUGAUUCCUUGGGAUUUAGGGCUAAUGAGCGGCCUUGAAGAGUUAUACCUAGCACACAACAACUUGUCUGGUCAUAUCCCAGAAAGCUUGGAAAAUGUGGCAUCAUUGCACCAGUUAGACCUGUCCUUCAACCAUUUGGAUGGCAAGGUUCCAUCACGAGGAGUGUUCGGAAAUGCAUCUGAGUUUUCGUUUGGUGGAAAUUUGGGGCUUUGUGGUGGUAUAUCAGAGUUACAUUUGCCCCCAUGCCAGCCAAAAUCAGUGGGACAUGGCUUGAGCAAACGGCAUUUGACUAUCACUCUAGUUACUGCAAUUGCUGGCAUAAUUCUGUGUUUGAGUUUAAUGCUUGUUUUCUACAUAAUGAGAAAGAAAUCAAAAGCUCGGUCUAUAACCACGGGAGGAUUCCAAUUGAUAGAUGAGUGUUAUCCUAGAGUUACUUAUGCUGAAUUGGUCCAAGGAACAAAUGGCUUUGCAGUAGACAAUUUGCUUGGUAGAGGAAGGUAUGGAUCGGUGUAUAGGUGUUGUUUGCAGCUCAAAAAUAUGAUGACCACAGUAGCUGUAAAGGUUUUUGAUCUUCAACAGUCUGGCUCUUCCAGAAGUUUCCUAGCUGAGUGUGAGGCACUUAGUAAGAUCCGCCACCGCAAUUUGAUCAGUCUCAUAACUUGCUGUUCAAGUUCUGACUCGAACCAAAACGACUUCAAAGCCAUUGUGUUCGAGUUCAUGCCUAAUGGGAGCCUAGAUUGGUGGUUACACAUGGAUGCACAUGCAUCACACCAACUGCAAGGCUUGACAUUGAUGCGGAGACUAAAUAUUGCAGUUGAUAUUGCUGAUGCACUAGAUUAUUUGCACAACAACUGUGAACCACCAAUAAUUCAUUGUGACUUGAAGCCAAGCAACAUUCUUCUCAACGAAGAUUUAGUUGCUCACAUUGGGGACUUUGGCCUUGCAAAGAUUCUUCCUCAACCAGCAGGUGAGGAGCUGAUCAAUUCAAAAGGCUCGGUUGGAAUAAGGGGGACAAUUGGAUACGUUGCUCCAGAAUAUGGCGAAGGUGGUCAAGUUUCUUCAUGUGGAGAUGUAUACAGCUUCGGAACUGUCAUCCUCGAGUUGUUUACAGGCAUGGCACCUACUCAUGACAUGUUCAGAGAUGGGUUGACCCUGCAGAAACAUGUCGAGAAUGCAUUUCCAGGGAUGCUAACGCAGAUUGUUGACCCAGUUCUACUGUCCACUGAAGAGGCCAAUGCUAAUAGUUUGCAGGAUGGAAGCAACACAAUGGAACAUGGCAGCAAUGCCAUAUUCUCCGUCAUGAAGGUAGCGCUAUCAUGCAGCAAGCAUGCACCGACAGAGAGAAUGUGCAUCAGAGAUGCUGCUGCCGGAAUUCACAGGAUAAGGGAUAACUAUGUUAAAAUAAGACAAAAUGACGAAGUUGUUACAGCUGCAUAUACCACAAGGCAUUUUGCUGAAACAUCCAGGGCAGCCCCUUGAACUGGCAUCACACUCUCACUCUUAAUUAAUGGCUUUGUAGUAGUUCUAUAUUGCAGUCCUGUGGUUUUGAUAUGUUAGUUUCUGGCUGCCAUGUUCCCUUAGCUUGUUUACCUACCUUUUGCGGCCUGCAAUAAUUAAUAUGGUUUGUAUAUACAUUGUGAACUGGUAAUAUCAUUUGUAUCGGCUACUGUUUGUGUUAAAUACAGAUAUUAGUGAAUUCCCUUCCAUCUAAAAGACAGGUAUGAGUGCAUGAUAUGUGCACUAAUAACACGACCCAACAAAUCUGUACUUUGUUCCCAGGAGUUUAAGUGGUCACUAUAUGAUGGUAGAUUUGUAUAAAUGAAGCGCAGAUACAAGAUAAAUAUGGUUAUCUUGAUUCUGUUCUAUUAGAAGAAAAAAAGGAAACUCUCUUUUAGAUGGAGAAAG